AUGGAGGCGAGGGGGGGUGGCAGCUGGUUUGGCAUCCUGCAUCUGGAACCGAGCAAGAAUGUCUUGGAUGUACUUGUGGUGAGACAAGGUGAAUCCGUCAGAGGUGGGAAUUACAUCGAUGCCAAGAAAGUAAUUAACCUGGCCAAGUCGUCGAAGAGCAAACCGAGCCGCCAAGUGAUCCUGAAAGGCUCGAAGGAAACCCUCGGUAUUUCCGGUAAGCAAGAGAUCAUCCACAUACAUAAGGAAGUAAGAAAGGAUGCCAUCCUUGUUGUAGACAAACAUUAA